AAUCUUUAGUUUCAGCCUUAAAAUAAGGCCCAAUACAAAAAUAGCAUAAACUCGAAACAAUAAAAGACAUCCAGUAGGCCCAUCAGGCCCAACGCCCCUUUUUAGUUUGAUAGAGAGCAGGAGAAGAGAACGGAAACAGAAACCAAAAGAACGAUCGGCGGUGGUUGCUAGGUCAUGGAUCCGAACUUGUUUGUCUACUCAAAUUUCUGAAUUCUGAGACGCUACCAUUACCCAAUCUACUUUUUCAAGCAGAUUGUAAACUGAAGAUGGAAGGAAUGGAGCAGUGGAGAAACGAAGCGAAACAAUGGUUGCAACAAGGGAUUGAAUAUGCCCAUCAGAUACCUCCCACUCAGCUCUAUGCUGCUGCUGCCGUCUUGCUUCUCACCACCCUUUUCUUCUUAAUCAUUCGCUUGUUCAAGCGCACAAAAUCUAGCACCAUUGUGCUCACUGGGCUCACUGGGAGUGGGAAAACUGUUCUUUUCUAUCAACUUCGAGAUGGUUCUUCACAUCAGGGCACAGUUACUUCAAUGGAACCAAACGAGGGCACUUUCAUUCUACAUUCUGAAAGCUCUAAGAAAGGCAAAAUAAAGCCUGUUCAUCUUGUUGAUGUUCCUGGGCAUUCUCGCCUUCGACCCAAACUAGAUGAGUUCUUGCCUCAAGCUGCUGGCAUAGUAUUUGUUGUUGAUGCUUUGGAAUUUUUGCCCAACUUACGUGGAGUUUCAGAGUAUCUUUAUGAUAUUUUGACCAAGGCAAGUGUUGUCAAAAGGAAAGUUCCAGUUCUCAUAUGUUGUAACAAGGCUGACAAAGUGACAGCACAUAGCAAGGAGUUCAUCCGAAAACAAUUGGAGAAAGAAAUUGACAAAUUGCGAGUAUCAAGAAGUGGAAUAUCAGAAGCUGAUGUUGCAAAUGAGUUCACUCUUGGCAUCCCUGGGGAAGCGUUUUCAUUCUCUCAUUGCAGUAACAAAGUUACCAUUGCUGAAUCUUCUGGUUUGACAGGCGAGAUAUCUCAGGUGGAACAGUUCAUCAGAGAACAUGUAAGGCCCUAAGCUAAUGUCCUGGUUGAUGCCAUAUAUUGUUGAUGUGUCUUUGGAAGCUGGUUAUUUUUGCCUCCUGAUUGUUGGAAAAACUCAACGAUGCCACAAAGAAUCACACCUUAAUUUGCCAGAGGAAAGUGAAGAGAAGUAAAAUGAAGGAUAGAGUUGGAGGCAUGGUUGGUUAGUGGCUUGAAACAAUGUUACAAAAACAACUGAGACAAAUAGCGAUGUUUUUCGGAUUCUAUUGACAAUGAACUCUCUCCCUUUCCUCCACA